AUGCCGCCUCUUGAUAAAAAGGGAAAGGGCUGGCAAUUGAUGGUAGACAGCUGGGAAAUGGUCAAGAAGGAAAAAAUGACCAUGAAUGAAUAUGACAAACUGGUGUUGGAUCUGAAGGAUCAGCAGAAAAAGUUGCCUGGCCUGGCAAUGAGCAGUCUCAAAUGCCAUGAUAUCUGCAAGAUCCUGGAUUUGAUGCAUGGUCUCCCCACUACUGAAUUUGCUGCCUGGCUGGUCGAGAUUAGAUGUUCAUUUGGACACAGUGAGCUGAACGAAACUAACAUUCGACUUACACUAGACUACCUGCUGGUACUGACUAAGAAACUGGUAACGGACGAGUUGCCACCGAAAGCACAGCCCAUAAGCCUCCAAGUGGAGAGCAUGUGGGAGCACGGCCCGGUCACGCACAAGGGAAUGGACUACCGCCUCACAGGCAAGCCUGAUUACACGGUCUGGUAUGGUGAGACCGAGACGAUGGCUGCAAGCCUCGUCGUUGUGGAGGCCAAGACAGAGAUGCAGGCAGAUUCUGGCAUCGGCAAGUGUGUUGGCUAUAUGCGCAUGGUUUAG